AUGGAAGAACCUAUGACUCGACCUGGCAAAAAAUUAUGGGCUAUAGCUCGUAAAAAAGUGAAGGUGAUAGCACGUAUAAAUGCUAUGAAAAGAAUUACUCUUUAAAAUUACUAUGGAGUGAGAGAUGAUAAUGAUUUUGUAGAGGCAACUUAAAUAAAUAAAUGGGUAAUAUACCCUGAUUCAAAAUUCAAAGGAUUUUGGGAUUUUAUUAUUAUCGUUCUUAUGCUUUAUACAUGCACAAUUUUACCUUUUCGAUUAGCCUUUUAAGAUUCUUCAAGUGAUACAUGGAAUACAAUAGAUGAAGUUUUCAAUUACGUUUUCAUAGCUGAUAUAGUUAUUAAUUUCUUUACUGCUUAUUAAGAUGCUGAUAAUGUUUUAGUUACAAGCAAUAAAUAUAUUGUAAUCAAUUACUUAAAGACUUGGUUUUUAUUGGAUGUAGCUUCAGUGUAUUAAAUUGAUAAUAAUUCAAAGGAUUCCAUUUGAUUAGAUAUUCCAACCAGCUCAAUAAACAGAAACAACUACACAAUAAGGAUAGAAAGGUUCAUAUACACAAUUACUAAGAUUAACAAGACUGCCUCGUUUAUAUAGACUAUUAAAGGUAGUAAAAUUAUUCAGAAUAGUGCGAUUCUAAUAAACAAAUAGAUCUUCUCUUUUUUCUAAGUUAAUAAAAUCUUGUAUAAAGUUGGAUGCAAGUAUAAAAAGAAUGAUAAAAAUAAUGGGUAUGUCAUUGUUGUUUUUGCAUUUGAGUAGUUGUUUUUAUUAUCUAAUAACAAAAAUUGAAACUGAUGAGGUGACAUGGGUGACAAAUUUAGGUUUAGAAGAUGCAGAUGAAGCAACUUUAUACAUAAGAUCAUUUCAUUGGGCAUUGCAAACAUUAACUACAGUUGGAUUUGGAGAUGUACCUCCAUAGACUGAUUGGGAGAAACUAUAUGCUAUAUUUUGGAUGGGUGUAGGAAGUGCAUUCUUUUCUUUUAUGAUUUCAAACUUGUAAGGAGCAGUAGGAGAUUCAGAAAAAUCAGCAAAGAAUAAGAUUAUGCGAUUAAAUGUUAUUCAGAAUAAAAUAAAGAUUCCAGAUUAUUGUAAUUAUUUAAUAUAUAUACCUUUUAAGUGUUUACAUUAAUAAAGAGACAACUUGAAUCUCAAUAAGUUGAGAAUUCUAGAUAAUAAAUAAUAUUACAAACUAAGCCACUGAUAAAAUAGUUGCCUACAUGUCUAAGAUCUUCUGUUUAAUUGUGUAUCUAUGCUCAUGUGAUAGAAAAAAUUAAAUUUUUAUAAGACAAGGAUAUCGAAUUGAUUAUGGAUGUAAUACCUAAGAUAUCUCCAUUGAAUUGGGCAUAAGGUGAUAUUCUAUUUUCAACUGAUGAUUAUGCUGAAGAAAUCUAUUUUGUUUCAAUAGGAGAGAUUACUACUAGAGCUGCUGAUGGUUCUACAAUAUCUGUGUAUAGAGAAGGUGAUACUCUGGGAUUACUAGAGGCCAUUUAUGAUGUGAGAAGGAUAGGAACUGCUAUCUGCAGUAAGAACACAUAACUCUUUAGUUUGGAUAGAACAACUUAUCUUUAAAUGUUGUAGGAUUAUCCAUAAUUACUGUCUGAAGUCAAAUAAUAGGUUGAUAAAAGAAUUAAAGAAGUAAAACCAUUUGUGGAAGAUGCUACUAUAUUAAAUAGAUCUAUUUAUGAAGUUAUGCAAGACUAUUAAAGGAAGAUUAAUAAAAUUAAGAAAAUUAUUGAGUAAUUGUAAAAGUCAGAAGAUAGUAAUGAUAUAAUUGACACUGAUAAAAAUCAAUUGCAAAUAUUUUUACAGACUAAUUCUCAAUUAGCAGAUAUAAUGAAUCUAUAAAGAGAAUCUAAUUCUAGGGAAACUGUUAUGUUUGAAAAUGCCAAAAGCAUGAAUAAUUUGAUUGAUUAACUAGCAGAUUUAUGGCAAAAAUAAUUGAUUGAAAAAAUUGAUUAAAUGCAUACCGAGACUACAUAUAUGAUUCAAGCAGUUUAAGAUAGAGUAGAAUAUUAUUAGAAAGCAACUAAGAAGUUUUCGAAUCUAAAAAAUGAUUUAAGUAAACAAAAGGAAAACAUAUAGAGUAUGACAAAGUUAUGA